CUCCACCAGCUGCCCGCCAGCUGGCGACAACGCAACACCACGCGCCGCACCUCCUUCUUGCGCCGCACAGGUCCAGCUUGAAGCUCACCAGCCAAUUGCCAGUCUAACUUGCUAGACUUUGCAGUCGGCCAAUUGCGCGCAGCAACCAUGGUUGUAGCAUUUAUCCUCUCUACCAUCGCCGGUGGCCUCGCGGUGAUUGUUCUAAUUUGGAGCUUGCGCGGGCUCAGGGUGCUUGCAAACUACCUCGCAAGCCUAAUCCCGACCAAAUACAUUGCCACCGAGAACCCGGAAGAUGACCAUAUCCAGAUAGUCGUUGUGGGUGACAUUGGACGCAGUCCGCGCAUGCAGUACCAUGCAAUUAGCUUUGCGAAACUCAAUAGAAUGGUCGACAUUGUCGGCUUCCGAGAAACCGCAAGACACCCUGAAUUAAUCGGUAACCCUAACGUCAAUGUUUUCCCUCUAACCCCGGUGCCUGAAUGGAUUGCGUGGAACAACUUGCCCUUCUUUAUCAACAUUCCCUGCAAAGUUCUUCAGCAAUUCUACACGCUUUACUGCACACUCAUGUAUACUGCGCCGGCUGCCAAAUGGAUGGUCUUGCAGAAUCCUCCCUCAAUUCCUCUCUUUCACAUCGCCCUCUUUGUGUCGUGGAUGCGUGGCAGCAAGAUCGUCGUCGACUGGCACAACUACGGACACACCAUUCUUGCGCAGAAUAAGCUCUAUUCCCUAUUUGUUCCAAUCUAUAGAUGGUAUGAGAUGCGCAUUGGACGGUUCCUUGGCAACGCCAAUCUGGCUGUCACGGAUGCCAUGACCGCCCAACUCCAGGGCGCCAAAUACAAGCUCAAAGGACCCAUACGCACCUUGCAUGAUCGCCCAGCAGCCAUCUUUGAACCCGUCCAAUCCGAUAGCGACCGCAUGGCCAUUCUCCAGCGCAUCCCCGAAACCAAAAAAAUGGCCAAGGAUAUCCUCAGCGGCAGCGUGCGUCUGAUUGUCAGCAGCACGUCAUGGACUGCCGACGAAGACUUUGGCAUGCUCCUGGAUGCUCUCAUGGCCUACGCUAUUCCUGAAGUAGUCGCUGAGAAGAAGGAUUUUCCAGUCCCCAUUCUCGCCAUUAUCACCGGAAAGGGCCCCCAGAAAGAGGCCUAUCUUGCCAAGAUUAAGGAAUUAACGGAGGCGGGCAAGCUCCCCGGUAUCCAGGUCACAACGGCAUGGUUGUCUAACCGUGAUUAUGCAGGCCUACUUGCUGCCUCAGAUCUAGGCAUCUCUCUCCACAAGUCGUCUUCCGGCGUUGAUCUCCCCAUGAAGGUGGUCGACAUGUUCGGAGCUGGUUUGCCCGUCGCAGCCUACUCAGACUUUGAGAGCUUCGGCGAGCUGGUUAAAGAGGGCCAAAACGGAUGCGGUUUUGUCAACGCAAAUGAGCUUACUGCGAUCUUUAGAAGGCUGCUUAGUGACGAGGGUGCCAAGGAGCUGUCAACCCUCAAACAAGGUGCAGUCAAGGAAGGUAGCCUACGAUGGGACGAGCAGUGGACGAGUGUGGUUCCAAAGCUCAUGGAUCUUGAGUAGACAUAGUCCUGUAAAAAAGAAAUAAUUCAUUAUAUCAUACUAAUAUACGCGCCUCUUGUAUUUUGUCCCCGUGCAAUUUGAGACCAGCAAGAACGAUGCCCGCUUAAACCCCCAUCCAUGGUUGACGAGCCAAACACGCCAUCCGAAUAGUAAUGCGCCAGCUCCAUGCAAAUAUCCAUACGUUUCCCUUUCUCACCUAUUAAGAUGAUACAAAACGCCUUGGUUGCCACGUAUCACACAGUCCACAAGUGCCCUAGCGCGUGGCUACGUCUUCCUUUCAAAGUAUAAACGUGACAGCCGCGUUCAGUCCUCUCCCAGACUCUCACGUACACACUUGCGAACUCUCUUGCGGAAAUCUUUGUGCUUGCCCUCCUUCUCCUCACGCAACAUUCUAGCAGCUUCCACAUUGGCUGGACUCUCGUCGUUUGGGCUGUGGAAGAGACUCAGCGUGCUCACCAGGAUGGUCUCUGGUGUCUGCACGGGACUCCAGCGUUCUGACGCUGCUUCGUAGCCAUACUGGUCCUCUUCUGGUGGAUGUAAAAUCGAGAUACAGAGCGUGCCGUUUUCAUAAAUGUUAGGGUGGAAGGGGAUCGGGUCUUGGAAGGUCAGCGAGGGCGGCAUCAGAGGAUAUGUCGGUGGGAAGACGAGUCGGGCGCGAAAGUUGCCGCCUAGAAGGCCCAGUUAGUUAAGGACCGUCGAAAUACGCACUGAUGCUACACGUACCUCCGUAAUAUUUGCAAUCAUCAUUGAUCAUAAGCAUAACCUCCCACUCCAGCAUGUUGCUGUCGCUAACCAGACCGCAAGAGAUGCCUGGCAAGUCCUUACUAGCCUGGAUCUCUUUCAGCUGUCUCUUGAGCAGGGAAGCUGCGGCGGCGGAUUGUGAUGCGGCCAUGAUGGCGGGCGUGCAAUGAAGUCUUGAUUUGUAUCGGUAGAGGCCUGGAAGACGCAAGUGGGAGAGUAUGGCCAAG